GCAGAAGAAGAAGAAGCGAGAGAGGCUCGUCGCCAGUCAGACGUUGAGAGGCACCGCGCAGCACGUUCUGAAGAGUCAGCAGAACAACGCCAGGCGCGGCUCGACCUCGACAAUGUCCGUCACCUUCGUUCCCGCGUUGUCAACGUCAACUCCGAUCCUGCGGAGCCCAGGGUGCGUGGCGCUCGACCGGAGGCACUGCCUCCUUGGCAAGUCUUCGAGCACGCCAUGCAGGGCCUACACUGGGACUACUGCGACAGCUGCAACGUGAGGAGGAUGGAGUUCGUGAACAAGCCUUGCCCCAGGCGAACAUGCGCCAAGUUCUCGCAGGACUUCAUGGACCCCGGUGUGGUGCCCCCGGAGCUCGAGCGGCUCUCCUUCGUGGAGGCCCAACUCAUCGCGCGAAUCCACCCCGUCGUGUCCGUCUACAAGAUCCGAGGCCACCAGUUCGGAUACCGAGGAAACGUCAUCAACUUCCCCCAGGAAGUCAACGACUUGGCGCGCGCACUUCCCCACCGCAUUCAGGACCUCUCCUCCAUCAUCGCCGUGCGCCAGCAGAGGGCCGACGGCCACGUGGACUUCCGAGUGCGCGCCGGCGUGGUGCGGCAGGCUCUGCUGUGGCUGCGCGACAACAACCCGUACUACGCCAACGUCGAGGUCAGCGAGGGCAACCUGGCCCUUCUCCCGGAGGACGGCGACGCCUACCAAGUCGUGCAGGGCUACGCCGCCCAGGAAGAGGACCCCGACGACCCUGACGACCCGCAUGAUGAGUCCAGCGUGGACCACGUCGACGUGGACGACAUCGCCGUGUCUGGAGUGCCGAUGCUUCAGCCGCACCGCCAAGAAGACCAGGUGCACGCCGUACUCAACUACCCCACUCGCGGCACCGACCCGGUCAGCGAGGCGACGGCGGGGUACGUCGUCAUGGCCUUCCCCAAGCUCUUCCCGUUCGGCAGAGCGGACCUCUACGAGGCCCGGUCGCACGGCAUCUCAGCACGGCAGUACUUCUCGCACUUGCUGCAGCACCGCUCGGGGCGAUUCGCGGACGACGCGCGGUUCCGCUUCUUCGCCUUCAACACCGUCAUGCGCCACGACGCUCUCCGCGCGGGGAACCUCUACGUCCGCCGCAACGAGCACCUGCAAGGGAAGACCGUGCGCCAGCUGCGGGAAAUGGUGCGGGAGUGCGCCGUGCUCGCCAAGAACAUCAUGUUCUACGGCACCAAGCUGCCGGCCACUCGGCAGUACUGGGGUGCGCGCCUCAGUGAGCUGUUGGACAUGAUUGACCAGAUCGGUUUGCCCACGCUCUUCUUGACUUUGAGUGCCGCCGACUUCCACUGGCCUGACCUGUUUCGCCUCUUCCUGGCCUGCGAGGGGCUUUCAGUGGAAGAACGCGUUCUACUUGAAGAGCUCACCGAAGAACACCGCCGAAACUUCAUCGCGAAUCGGCCAUUCGUGCCCAGCAUGUUCUUCAUGAAGAGGGCGGAACUCUUCCUCAUCAAGAUCCUGAAGUUGAUGUACCCUGUUACUGACAUCUGGUUCCGUUACGAGUGGCAAUUUCGCGGAAGUCCGCACGUACAUUGCCUCAUCUGGCUUCGAGGGGCCCCAGACAUGAUGCGCGUCAAGGACAUGACCCCUGAGGAGCUCGCCGCCGCUGUGGAGUACUUCUCCAACAUCGUGAGCUGCUUCAACUUCGGCCAGGGGCUUCCGCCCGCGGUGCAGCACCCUUGCCGCAUCCGCCUUGGCGACAUUCCCGCCGAGGACCGGGAGCGGGCCUUGGGGGAGCUUCUCAACCGCGUUCAACGCCACAAGUGCACUGCCAACUACUGCCUGCGGAAGGACAAGACUGGCGCUAUUGUGUGCCGCUUCAAGUUCCCGUUUGAGUUGGCCGAAGAGAAUUCCAUCGUCUUCGACGACAAAGGAGAGGCUAAGUUCAUCGGGCGGCGGAAUGACGAACUUAUCAACGGCUUCAUCAUUGCAGUCAUCGAGGCUUGGAGAGCGAACAUGGACGCCAAGCCGGUCACCUCGCACGAUGGCUGCGUCAACUACCUGGCCAAGUACACCGCCAAGCCCGAGAACAAGUCGAAAACUAUGCAGGAGCUUUUCGAGGACGCUCUGUCUGGACUUCAGGAAGAGGACAGCGCCAAGAAAGCCAUCCAACGCCGCUGCAUCCAGUCCGUCAGUGAGCGUGACUACUCUUCGCAGGAAAUUCUUCACUUGGCCACUUCUCAGAAAUUGUUCCGCUCCAGCAGGGCCUUCGUCAAGAUCGUCUUUACAGACAGGAAUUGGGUUCCGGUCGGACACAGCGCUCAAAAUGAAGAUGUGGCCGACGAUGUUGAAGCCGACGAUCCCGACAGCCCCAACGAGGAUGCAGACUACGACCAAGAUGGCGAACUUGUCCUAGAAGAGGAACUCCCUCGGGGCUCUAUUCUGGACAAGUAUCCGAAGAGACCAGCCAACCUCGAGAACAUUACGCUGUGGGAGUUUGCCCGGGAGUUCCAGUUCAACAGGCAAACACGGAGGUGGUACAGAAGAAGGAAGGUCGCCGUCGUCUGCGUCUUCCCCCGUCUCCGACUCACGGGCAACGAGAUCCGCGACGAGGGCUUCUACCGCCAGCAAGUGCUGCUUCACGUGCCGUGGCGUGACGAGGACGCUGUGCUCGGAGAGCACGCCAACUGGCACGAGGUCUACGCGCAGCAUGACAUCGUCCCGCGUGGGGGCCAGCCCGCGCCGCAGGUCAACGAGGACGACGAGCUCGAGGACCUGGACUUCCCCGAGGCUGAACCCGACGAGGAGUGGAUGGUGAUCGCCCGGCAGCACCCAAACCAGGACGUGCAGCGCAUCGAGAUUGGCCGAAGAGAGAUGGACUUGGCGCACGACUGGGCUGCGGACGCUGCCACCUACGGGGACGUCGGUCAGUUGAUGCACGCCGUGGAACUGAGUAAAGACCAUCAUGAGUUUGAAGCCGAAACCGCCGUGGCCCCCGACGUCCAGCUGACUGUGGAGCAGUCCGCCGUGAUCCGCAUCCUGGACCGCCAGAUCGCCGCCGCGCAAGGAGCCGGUGGCCCGCCGCCGCCAAUGCGAGUCAUCGUGCAGGGCAAGGCUGGCUGCGGCAAGUCCACCGUCAUCGCCGUCAUGAAGUCCCGCAUCGUGGCUGCCUUCGGCCCCCGCAGCUUCCUCCUGGUGGCGCCGACUGGGGCGGCGGCCGACAAUAUCGACGGCGAAACCAUCCACAGCGCGCUGCUGCUCACCGUCCCCAUGUCCGCAUUCGCGCCCCUCACCGGUGAACGUGCCAAGAUGUUCCAGGAAUCCAUGGAGCCGGUCCGCUUCCUCAUUGUGGACGAGUACUCCAUGAUCGGCUUGCCCAUCUUGGGCAUGAUGGAGCGCCGCUGCGCCGAAGGCAAGCCAGGCAGCAGCGAAACGUUCGGUGGGCUCUACGUGUACCUCAUCGGCGACCUGGCCCAGCUGCCCCCCGUCCGCAUGAAGCCCAUCUUCUCCAACACCGGCUCCACCGCCAUGGAACUGAACGGCCGGAGGGCAUUCCAAGACUUCCGGCACGCCGUCGUGCUACGGGAGUCCCAGCGCCAGUCCGACCCUUCCUUCCGCGCUGCGCUGGACGAGUUGGGUUUGGGCAAGUGCUCGGCCGAAGCCUUCGAGCGCUACCGCCAGCGCUUCUCCCACCGCGUGCCGCCAGCCGAGCAGCGCCUCUUCCGCGACGCCCUGCACAUCUUCCCCAUCAACAAGGGCGCGGCGGCGUACAACGUCAGCAGGCUGGAGCGCCUUGGCCGCCCCGUGGCCCGCAUCCCGGCCAGGCACAACAACGCCACUGCGGCGGCUGCUCCCACCGCGACCGCAGGAGGACUUAGCGCCACCUUGCACUUGAGUGUUGGCUCCCGAGUGAUGCUGAGGGCCAACCUGUGGACCCGAGCUGGACUUGUGAACGGCGCUUCAGGGACUGUUGCUGGUAUUGUGUACUCCGAGGGCUCCAGGCCUCCAGACGUGGCUCCUGCUGUCAUCAUGGUGAAGUUCGACCGCUACUCGGGGCCAGCCCUAGCGGCAGACGGCUCCGUCCCCAUCUGCACCAUCAUGCGGUCCUGGAAGGAAGGCCAGACCAUGUGUACCCGUGAACAGUUUCCCUUGAACUUGGCGUGGGGCUGCACCGUGCACGCCGCACAGGGACUCAGCGUGGACCGCGUCGUGGUCGACAUCGGCAACCAAGAGUUCUCUGCGGGCCUCGCCUACGUGGCGCUGUCCAGGUGCAGAGAGUGGAGCGGCCUCCUCAUCGAGAACGCGUUCGUGCAAGACAGGCUUGACAAACUGCAGAAGAGGCCCAGUGUGCAGAAGAAGGCCGACGUCAUCGCGCGCAUUGAGAGGCUGGCCCGCGCUACUCAGCGUCUCAUCGACGCCAUGGAUCAAGGCAGUGCUCUGCCUCCUCAGGGGACGCCGUCACCACCGCCCCGUCCACUGCCUCCACCCCCACCUCCCGCUCGCGGCCGCGGCGGCCGCAGACCAUCGUCGCAGCCUCCGGACAGUGGCCCCUCCAAGCGUGGCCGCGGUGCUCCGCGGGGCAGGGCCGGCAGAGGUGCCCGUGGACAGCCUUCCCGUCGCCCCCCAGCUCUACCUGUGGACGUCGGCGUGCAGGUGCAUGGAGGCACCGUGACUGCGGCCCGGAUUGGCGGUGACGGCCACUGCCUCUUCAACUCCCUGCUGCACCAGCUUAACGGCUCCAUCCAGUACGGCCCCGCCCACGACGCACAGAUAGCUGCGCUCCGUCAACGCGUGGUCCAGCACAUCAGGGCCCAGCUUGUGGGGCCUGAGGCAGCCAACUGGAUCGAAAUCCUACGCACCACUGUGAACGGCCUUCUUCACCGCUACCCGCAGUACGACGAGGAUGGCCAGGAGGUGGGGCGGCAGCGAGACCAUGCGGGCCGUCGCAGAGAUGGAGCAAGUCAACGUGACCAUGCACUCCGAAGUUGUGGGGAAAAAAUUCACUCCGAAGAAAGGUCUAACGCAACUGGACCCCUUUUACGCUCUCAGUGUGCCUGA